UCCCGCCCAGACAGCUCCCGAGCCCGAGGCGCGCGCGAACGCAGCAGCCGCCGCCCCCACCCCCACCCCCACCACCACCAUGCCGAGCCAGCAGAUCCCGGCCGUGCCGGUCGGCGGCAUCACCUCCCGCCGCCACGCCAAGCUCCUGCUCCACCUCGUCGAAGGGGGCGGGGUUGCCGCCGCCGGCGGCGGCGCGUCCGUCAAGGACCUCCGCCUCCGCCGCGUCGUCCCUCCCGCGUCCGCGACCCUCGACGUCUCCCCCGAAUGCGCCGCCGUCGCCAAGCCCGGAUCCGUCCAGAUCCAGAGCACCCCGCCGGAGCCUGCGGCGGCGGCCCAAGACCGCGAGAGGAAGCCGGUGCUGCCGCGGUCCAAGCUCGUGCGUGAUCCGGCCUCCUUCGGCUACCGGCGGCUGCUCCCGUUCCUCAACCAGAUGGCCAACAAAGGUUCAGACAUCCCAAGCGUCAAGGACAUGCCCUCAGAAAACAAGGUUGCCAUCCCAAACAAGGAGCUCGGCAGAUCUGACUCCGGGCUGGCUGGUGAGAGGCCUCCCGUGAACGGGAGUCAAGGCGGACCUGCUCCCGUGGAUUCCGUGGAGCCGCCGCCUGUUGUGAAGGCCGGAGCAGACAGCGAGAUCCGUGACAGUGUCAAAGAAGAAAUCAAGGUUGCCCCUGUUGAUCUCGCAAGCACCAAGCCCGCUCUUGCCCGCUGCACGAGGUCAAAGUUUGUUCAUCAUCCGAGCUCCUUCAGCUACAAGAGGAUGCUGCCAUUUCUCACGGAGAAUGAUAUCUCCUCUCAGGAAGGAGACAGGUCCAAGUUCAGAAGAUUGUCUGAAGAGAAACAAAUGCCAUCAGAUGAGAAUGGUGUCCAGGCCGGUGGAGAGAUCCAGCCUGCCAAUGUAGAAGUUUCUCUGAACGGCGGUGCAGCUGAAGUGCAGGAAGCUACACAAGAGGAAGAGUUAGCUUCAGUUGGAGACCCAUUGUCUUCAGAGAAGGGUGAAUUCGCAGCAGCAGUGGUUGCUGUCCCAGCAGGUGGACAGCGCCAACCUCCUGUUUCAGAAGACACCCCUGAUGAAGGAAAUGUAGGUGAAGCUGAAAGCACAGUGGAAGAGAAGGCAUCAAAAUCGGAUGAGAAGCCUGUUCCUAUGGAGUCUGUAGAGCUGCUUGUUGCAAAGUCUGAAGGAGCCCAGGAGGUGAAGGAUUGCUGCGAUAGUGUCAAAGAGGAAACCAAGAUUGUACCUGGUGAUCUUGCAAGCAGCAAGCCGUCCCUUCCCCGCUGCAUAAGGUCAAAGUUUGUUCCCCAUCGAAGCUCAUUUAGCUACAAGAGGAUGCUGCCAUUUCUCAUGGAGAAUGAAACCUCUUCUCAGAAAGAAGACAUCGCAAAGUUUCAAACAGUCUCUGAAGAGAAGCAAUUAACAUCACAUGAGAAUGAUGUCUUGUCUAGUGGAAAUCACCUUUCUGUCUCAGAAGGCUCUCCUGAAGCAUGCUACCAAGCUGAACUUGACAGAAUUGUAGAAGAAAUAACAUCAACAUCAGAUGAUAGCUAUCUUCUGAAGGGUGCACCGCUUCAGUCUGCUGUUGCAGUUGCAGAAGCCUUUCUGGAUGGCAGUACAGCAGAAGUGCAGAAAGUCACACAAGAAGUGUUAGCUUCAGAUGGAGACCAAUUAUGCCCAGAGAAGGGUGAGCUAACAUCAGAGAGGAAUGUUGUCCUGGCUGGUGGACAGUGUCAGCUUGCUGUCUCAGUUUGCUCUGCAAAGGGAAGCAAUUUAGCUGAAGCUGUGGUGAUUGUUGAAGAAAAGGCAAUAAAAUCAGAUGACAAUUCUGUUCUUACUGGCAGGGACAUUCAGUCUGCUGUUUCUGAAGCAUCUCCUCAGCAUGGUGACACAGAUGAAAUGAAAGAGGUAACAGAGAAACCAGCAUUGACUUCAGAUGGAGAUGAAUCAAGUGGAUUGACACCUGGCAAGGGUGAAUUUCUGAUGAAAGACCAGCCUCAGCUAUGUGACUCAAAGAAGUUGUUACAGGCCAAUGCUGAUCUUGCUGAAGUAGAUCAAUUCCAGAGCUCAGGGUCAGGAUGUUUGAAUGCUGGUCUUGGUAGCCCUACCAAGGCAGUAACUGUGAAUGGUGGAGCUGAUCCACAUGGUGCGCCAGAGACGCAGGAUUUUGUGGCUUCUCCUGGUGACCUACUGCUUGAUGUGGGAAUGAUCUGCAAGCCUUCUGAACCUUCUAUUGACACACUCUUAUCAGCAGAGGGAAUGACUGGUUGUGUUACGCAUGCUGAGUCAGGGUUGAGUAAAGUGGGCACACUGCAUCCAUGGGGUUCUCCUUGUUUGGAACAACAGGGCCCUUCUCCGAAGAGAGCCUCCCCUACCAAUGGUGCUUUCAGCAGCGUCUCCUUUUUGAAGAAACGGGGCUUUUCUCCAAAGAAACUUUCUCCAAAGAAGGGAAUACUUAAGAGGCAUACAAUGGGGUGCAAGGGCAUCUGCAUGUGCUUGGACUGCAGCGUAUUUCGUCUUCGUGCUGAUAGAGCUUUUGAGUUCUCCAGGAAGCAGAUGAAAGAGGCAGACGAUAUUGUAGUAAACUUGCUGGAGGAGGUGGCAAGUCUUAGGAGCCUGACUGAGAAAUCUUCUGGCCAACAGGAGCGGAUGGAAGCUUGCCAGAGGGCGUUGCGGGUAGAGGAGGUGGCCAAGGAGCGUCGGCAGCAGAUGCUGGCCGAGCUCAACUCUCACUGCAAAAUCCCCGGGCCAAGGGUGAAAUUCUCUCAGUACGUCGACGAAAAGAUGGCCUCUUCUCCUUCCAGUAGCAGCAGCAGGAAGCAGACCCAGUUGUGAAGACUCUGGUGACCGACCGGCGGCGACUGGUUCCGUGCCCGAUGGAUGUUGGCGGCGGCGCUGAAUUUUGUGCGAAUUCAGCGCAGUUGAACACAAUGGUUGAUGAUUAAAUUAUGUAGAGAGGGGGCGAAGCUUUGUUGGUCCAACUGAAGGAAGAACGGAGAAGAGUUUGUUGUGAUGUGUCUGUUGCAUGUAAAUCAAAGUUUUUGUUCUUUCUAAAUCAAAGCUGUGAAACUGGAGCAUGCCAAUCUGGCAUGUCAUCUUUUUCUUGUUAGAUAUUUAUUUCUUGGGUCGAUGAAUAGCCCUCUUUGACUACUACUA